AUGUCUUCAGGAACAUCGACAAGAGAGAACAGUCCUACGCGAUACAAGCGAUACCUACCUCAACCUAAUCAAACGAUCUCGAAAGAAGGGUUAUGGAGUCAGAAUUACGACAAGCAAGGCUAUAUAAAGCAAUGGCUGCUACAACUUCAAUGCCCCAAUAUCUCGCCCGAGGUCCUCAUUGAAAAUUUGGGCGAAGCCCACAGAGAUAACAUGGACGAUCGCAUGUGCGAAGUCUAUAAUCUUAAAUCAAGUACAGAUAGCACACCCAAAAGCUCAGACGGAGGAGUUGGAAUGUUUAGUUCCUCCCCGGCGACCAGCCUUGAUUCAGCUCAUCCGGAGACGGACUUAGAAGGGAGCCUGGCGGAUGCCGAAUCUAUUCCUGGCCAUAACCUUGUUCCAAAAGAUUCGUUUAUGGAGAUUCAAAAUGAUCAAUAA